AUGUUGCAGUGGAUGGGAGGUUCGAGGCGAAAAGUAUCAACAGUAAGUUUACGGAAAAUACUUUCUGUGGUCGUUUAUUUUUAUUCAGCGUUGCUAUCUAAGAUGGACACUUAAAAGAGAAGCAGGCUUGGUCCGACCGGGUCCCCCAGUGAUGGAACCCCAUUGAAGUUUAUGCUAAAUGAAAAGUCAGCAGGUCACACAAUUCCCCAGAGUCGUUAUUUAAUCUAUAAGUGGGAUUCACUGCCAAGAAAAUCCGUUAAUUAUAUUUUAAAAUCUUGCUUUUAAAAAGAGGAGGUUUUUUGAUAAAAAAAAUCAUAAACAUGCACGUUCUAACUGAAUAAAGUAGUGUACAGUGACAGAGAAUAAGUUUGCACGGUUUUAUUUUUUGUCAAGCACCAAAUUCAAUGUCGUAUUGCUUUGGCGGAUAGUCUUGUUUAGUUAAAGCCUUCAUUUGAUCACGCUUGUCUAACGUGAGUGUAAUUUCUUAGAAACCCAAAGCUGCGAGUAAAUUAGGGAUCAGUAGUUGAAGCCAUAACCAUGGUGCUUGGAAUGGGCAUACCUAACUAUUUUUCAUUCCAUGUUGGGGCAUCAAUCUCAACAUAGUUUCAUAAUCGAUGACGGAGUUAAUUUAUGUAGUGACUAAUAACAUGAUUCUCAGUAGGUGAAAUUUUCCUAAAUCUCCUUAUAGGGAAUUUUGAUGAAAUCAUAAUCGUGUAAUUAGUUAAUUUUUUGUCCAUAUUAUUUAAAUGAAUGUUGAGAAUAAUUCCAUCAUUUGUACUUCUUCUGAAUCUCUAUAUCAACUGUUCUUGUAGCCCAUAUGCUACCCAAGAUCAGAAGGACUAAACCUAGAUAACAUGUAAUCCGGAUGACAUGCUGUUCCCUUCUUAUCAUAGUUGUAAGAGAUCAGGCAUAUAUAAGAUGUUACCUUGAAGUUUUUCUCGAUCCUGCCGUUCUCAUAAUGUUGUGCUUAUGAUAUUUUUGCAACACGUGGACGAGAUGAUCCAGUCAAGGAAGUCAACACACACUCGGUAAAGAAUUCUCUCUUCAAUCUCCUUUUGAAUAAAAUAUAUGAUUUUCUUGGAUUUUUUUUGUUGGAAUUAUUAAGAUUUCCAUCUUAAGAAUCCAUAUAUUCUGCGCUAAUUAUUGGGACCUUCUAAUUAUGAUACAUCAUUAAAUUUUAGAUCCUAUGAUUCUAUUUCCUCAUAUGGCUGUAUUUCUAAAUUCAUAAGGCAAAAGCAAUAUUUUGAGCAAAGAAAACGUCAAAAGCUUACUUUUGGGUCAGAAAAUCAUGAAGAUAGAAGACACAAACGUUUAAAUCACCAUGACGAGCCCAAUUCACUGGAUAUUCUCAGCUUGAACAAUUUGGCGGCAAUUGCUGAGGAAUGCUUUCAUUCAGAUGAAAAUGGUGAGUUUCAUCGUCUGUGUAAUUCGAUUGCCUUAUGACCUCGAUUUCCAGGAGAAAAAUAUUUUAAGUUAAAAACAUAAUCUUAAUAAAUUUUAAUUGAUUUUUAAAUUCAUUCUUAACUUUGAUUAUUGGAGUCUAAUAUAUUUAUGGUUUAUUAAUAUUUUUUUGGGGAAUGGAAAUUAUUUGAUUUGAUAAGAAUAUAGAAACUUUAAAGAUAGUGGAGACAACAUUUUUAGCAGCAAUCCUCUAAAGACUCGAAAUGAUAACUUAAAGAAUUUCAUCAUUUCAAGCUCUCUAAAGAACGAAGAUAACAGCUGAGAGAUUUAUUGUGGCAGCAAAAAACGAUUUGAGUUUAUCCAUGAAAAUUAUAUACAUGCACAACAGAGUGGAAUAUCGAGAUAGAUUGGUUCCCCACUCAAAAAGUUACAAUCGGUGUAUCUUGAUCGCGAUAAUAGAAGCUUUCUGAGGAGUUAUGGCAUAAUGUUGAUCAUAAUGAUGUUUCUCUGUCCGAUUAAUUUAACUCCUGAUAUGAUGCUUUGGAAGAGGCCUCAAGUGAAAGAAAUCCAGCCAAUUAUUAAGUUGAAUUAUGGAAGUGGAUAUGUAUUUUAUAGUCUAGAGCUGCAAUUGAAUUGGACAUCGCUUACAUGUGAAACCUUUGUUGUGUAGAAAGACAUCACGAUGUGAAAAGUCCAUGAAAACAUUUUGAUUGUAUGGAAUAUAAGCAUCCAAUUCGUUCCCUAAAUCGCUUUAAGGCUUCCAUUUAUUCCAAGUUUACGGAGGCCCUUCAUUAAGGAAAAGCGACCCGCACAUUUCUGGUAUUCUAAUGACACACCUGCGUUCGAUGUGUUAAUAGAGCCAAUUAUGUUCUUAGUUAUCCUCAUCAAGCCACAACCUUGAAGUCGGACCCCCACAAUGAGGGAGGGAGUCGACUGAACAUCUCAGGCAUUGGCGGGAAUUUCGCCUGCAUCCGAUCCCCAAUUCUUGUUCACCCCGGAUGAUCGUGUUGGGUUAAUUGUGACCUCGUACGAUCGUGUCGGGUGAGCAACAGCCGCUUCGUCACAGUACUGACUUAUGGGUUCGUAUCAUAGAUACAAAAGUUAUUAUAGAUCACUUGGGAUUUUAUGCAUAAAUGGCUCACUUAAGAGUUUUAAGUAUCUAUGAGAGUUUGUUUAUCCUGAUUGAAUAAAUUUCUGAUUCCUUGAAGUCCUUGAUAGAAAGAGAUUUGGAUAUUUCACAAUCAGUCUAAUUUUUUCAGACAUAUAUAUCAAAGCAGUAACACAUGCCCUAUACUUAUUACCAAUGGCUUUUAUUUAAAUUUAAAAUAUUAUUUGUCUGUAAAUAAUCCGUUAGUAAUCCUUAUGAAAAUCAAUGCGUGUGGUUACUUUUUAAUGAAUAGUUAGCAGACAUCUGGCAGAGAACAUUAUGCCAUGCUGAAGUUUCUUUUAUCAAAUUACAGUAUUUUUUUGUUAUUGAGAAUCUUCCUAAUUUGAAACCUAAUCCCAGAAAUGAUCACGUAGUUCUCUGUAUCUUAUGUCGUGGAUUCCCUAGCUGGCGCUAAAGGUCGUGCAGGUUUUAAGUUUUCCUUCUACCGUGUAGCCAAAAUCAGCUAUAGCUGCUGCUUAAGCUUACCUCUGAAAUCCUGGCCUAUUUGCAUUAUACGAUAUGUUAUCGGGCCAAUAUAUUUUAUUACAAUGAUACAAAUGAAAAUGAUGUAUCAAACAUUCAAUGAAUGUUUGAAUAACAUGAAUUUUAUGAAUUUUUUCUUAUUGAGGAGAAAUUAGUGUCACAUAUUUGAGGCUAUUUAGAAAACUUUUGUUUUGGUGAGAUCUAACGUUGUUUAUGUGAUUAUUAUACUUUCUUCAUUGUCGAGAGGACUGUGUUUUCUGAGAGGAAAUAAUGCCUCUGAAUUUCUUCUUAAUUCCUUUUAAAUAACAAUACGGCUUACAAUAACUUCAUCUCUGAUCAGUGUAUAAAAAAUUCUGUGUCAUCUGUUAAUAAUCUUAUCUUACACUUACUUUCUUAUCUAGAUAACAGUGCUUUCCAAGAGAAAGUGGGGGCCUCUCAGAGUUUAACUGAAUUUCCAUCAAAUAACAUAAUGCCUUACAAUGACCAUUCGAGGGAAUUGAGUAAAGACUCGCAACUCUGUUUUAGUCAUGAAUUUAUAAUAACUCUCAUGUGUUAAACGAAGUUUCCAUUCUUUUUUAAAUGAAAAAUUCCAUAUGCUUAAUUGAUUUGAUGAAGAAUUCGGUUAUCCGUACUCUUUCUGCCUACCCAGAAGACGGUGUUUCCAACGAUAAAAUUAACAUGUCUGAGAAUGUACCAGAAUUUUCGUUAGACAAAGGAGUCCCACCUUCCAGAGAUUAUUUGAUGGAAAAAAGUAAAGACUGCCACUUAUCUUUUUUCAUUAAUAGCAUUUUUCUGACUUUAUGAUUAUUUAACAUCUCACCUUCAGCAGAGACCUCGUCAUGUUCUGCAGAUGAGACCCGAAAUCCAGAGUAGGUUUUUUUCACAGUCGUUCAUAUAGAAGUUUGUAAAUGUCCCGGCACUCAAUUACUAGAUUGCUUUCUCAUUGCAGAUUUUCUGCGGAAACGGUUCAGGAGUUUCCUAAAAUUCCAAUUGCCUGUAAUUAUUCCAAAAAAGGUCAUGAAAAUCUGGAGGAAUCUAAGACGUCAAAGACAUCAUUUUCGGGUCCCCAUCAGACGAGUAUAACUGCUCCUAAAACCAAGGGGCUGAAAAUCACGUCAGAGAAUCGUAAAUAUUUCACUCCUUUUUCGAGUUCUCUUAAGAUAUUGCUUGAGAAAUUUUAUGUCUGAUUUUCCGUUAUAGGUUCUCUUUAUGAAUCAUCAAGAGCUAUAUUUCUACGUUAUCUUAAUCAUCGUGUUGCAAAGCCUUCUACCAUCUGUCUCACGCUAUUUUUGUUGUCCCAUUUGAAAUCCAUUCCAAAAUUUCUCCAAUUCAUUGCACUUCCUAACUUUGAUCCCGAAGAUUACUCACUCAUUUCCCUUCCUUUACUGAUGUCAAUAUAUUCAAAAAUAUUCAUUGAUGUUAUCCCAAUUAUGCCAUAUUUUCAAGUUGUUGAUGUUCCCUCAAUCUCGACGUUGAUAUGACAAACAGUUACGUUUCCAGCGGUGAUCAUAGAUAUUUUGAGAAAAUUUUAACUUAUCCAUUUUUUCUAUUCCUAGAGAUUUCUAUUCUCGAUUUACUAAGUGACGACCAAUCUUACUGCCGGUCCGAAGGUCUGCCAUCAGAGGAACAACAUGUUGCAUUUUCUGUUGCAGGUGAAUCAGUAGGCUUUGGCAGAAUUUCUUUAGUUUUGUACGGUUUUUUGAAUACCUUGAUGUUUUGUAACGCUUAUACCGGUUCAUUCUGGACCCUCUUACUAUUUUGA